GAUAAAGAACAAGAUUGGAGCAGAAAGAGGAAACUUUUUGUCUGCCUGUUCACAAGAAAUUGGUCAGUGACGUGUGCCAAGACGAUGGAGGUUAUCAAUGUCAACGCCUUACCGAUGCUACCAUUGGACGAGCGCCUGGUGGUCUCUGUCAACGCACGGACAGUACUGGAGAAUGCUUUAAGGAAGCAGCUGCAGGAAAACCCACCCACAUGCAUCGUCGGCUCCAUGAGCCAGGUGAACCAGAAGAUCACUGAAAUAGAGUUGGGCUCCAGCCUGGUGAUCAGCACCUCGGCAAUUGAGGACUAUGAGUUGGAGAAGAAAUCUUUAAAAGAGAAGACUCACGGCAGCCCGGGAGACAGAGUCAAGAAACUGAAGAAAGAGUCACCAAUAUCCUGCCAAGGCUCAGAGCUCCGGAAUGCCAGAGUGGUCCCCACAAAAAGGAAAACAGCAGAUAAGAAUCUGCUCGCUGAGCUACACGAGUAUCCCCCGUUUGAUGAAAUGAAGCCCAACAAACUCCCCAAUGGUGUGGACUUCUGCGACAUGGUGGGCAACGUGAUCCGGUCUGAGAAAAACCCCCUGAGUGGCAAGUCUUACUGCUCGGACAGAGAACUGGAGAAGUUUCUGUGUUCACCUUACCUUGCCGCCAUAUGGCUGGACAGCUUUUGGUGGCUAUUUCACGAAAGGUACCAGUCAGACAGGGAGAUCCAGAAAAAACUGUUCGACCGAAUAUCCCGAAAUUACGCUUCCCUGUUGUUCAAAAUGCGUCGGUCCCAUUAUGAAGAGGCACUCUUAAAGAGGCUCUCAUCACUUCUGAGCAAGGCCAUAUACACCAGCUUCUGCUGCUGCUUCCCCCAGUCCUGGUUCAACACGCACGAAUUUAAGUCAGAGAUCUGUAACACCAUGGACCUGUGGAUCUCAGGGACAUACCCGUGCCCACAGAGCUAUAACAAUUGGGACUACUCAGAACUGGACCCAGAGAGGUUCCGAAGAGAAGAAUUAAUGUUACAGAGCAGCCGACUUAUAAAGGCAAGAGAGUUCACCCUCUUCACUUGUAAGAGAACCUCCAUCCAGAAGAUGGACCCGAAGAAAAACAGGAAGUUCCGCAGCCUCAUGGCUCUCCUGAAGGCUUCUCGUUCACAGCUAAUGAGUGAAAAAAGCCUUUCUAGUAAGGAGACCCCAGAGGAAAGAUGGAAGUGUCGCAGCAAUAGAGAUCAAACUACUCUGUUGUCCAGGAAACCCACACAGCAAGUCAAGCAGAUAUCACACGUCAGAGCAUGCAUAAAUACAUUUGUAAAAACGUCCCACCCUGCCUGCAAGAGCCCGGAGCUGAUUUCAAACCAGUUCAACCUUUACGGGAAGAGCCCGCUGAUGGUGUACUUCUUCCUCAACUACUCCCAGCUGCAGCUGCCUGGGCGGGAGCUGCUUGUCAGCAGGAGAGAGAAGACUGAAGUCAUUCCUGACUCCACCAUGACCUAUGCCGACAUCAUCCAGCUGGUCACAAAGAACAUGGAGAUUCGAAGGAAAAAGCUCCGACAGCUGGACCAGAUGCACGAGAACGAGUGGAACUGCUUUAACAAUUACCUGAUGGAGCUGCAAGAAAACUUUGAGAGGGAGUUGGAUAUCAUCAAUAAGAAAGAACAAGAGAAGAGAAAGGCCAAGUACGCGUUCGUCUCCUCCUCGACGCUGUUUGAUCACUUGUUUGACAGGAAAUCCAAGGGAAACACGCACAGAGAAACUGCCUUUCUUUCAAGGAAGGAAAAGAAGGAGAAACGAAGGGUUUUCCAUUCCCCCUUCUCACCACGAAGCACUGUGGAUAACUAUUCCCUGGGUCUAAGAAGCCCCUACAGAAUCAAGUCUGCUUCCAGUGGGCGCAGCAGCAGUAAGUCCAGAGGCAAGCAGGACAUGCUCUUCCGCCUCUCACCCACCUCGAUGGAGUGAACUCGCCCAAGAACAGGAGGAGACUGCGGAGGUGAUGCCUGUGUCUGUUGUCAGAUGCAAUAGAAAGCAGAACCAGCAAUGGCAACUGAGAGGCCUGCUGCAGCCAGGGAUGUGUGGAGUCUCUCCCAGUCCACAGGAGAAGGAAUAUUAAAGUUCAGACCUCCCAUGAACUAUUCAGGGCUUAGAGACGCCGGUUCACCUCACCCAUCAGACAUCUUACUUAAUUUGUUCUUUCAUUUUCUUGAUAAUAGCAACACAAUCCAACACGUCCUUACAGAACAUAGCAAGACCCUGUCUCCAAAACCAAGCCAACAGCAAGGAUCAGGAGGGCAUUAGCUGAGCUGCUGAGCCUUUAGUCCCAGCACACUCCAGUCAGGGCUGGUGCAUCUCUGAGUUGGAGCCUGGUCAUUCCUACAUUGUUAAAACAUGUGACACAUGCUUAUUUCAGGCUUACUCAUCUAUUAAUCUAUAUUAAUAUAUAGAUAUUAACACUUAAUGUCUAUUUACAUGUUUUUGGUUUAAUUUUUUUUUAUUUGCCUGUUUGUAGUACUAGAUAUUGAACCUCAGGCCUUGCCUUCCUGUUUGAGGGUCUUCCUAAGUUUUCUGGGCUGCCCAUGUGAGUCUCCUACCUUAUUCGCUGGGUCCAGCUGCCUCUAUCUGGUUUGGGGUGUGAUCAUAAAAGAAGUUUAAAGUAAUGCAGCAGAAAUGAGUUUGAGCCUACAUAUUUAUAUUGCUUUGGUCCUGCACCUUUGUAUUAAUUGUCUGAAGUAUGUCACCCUCCUGAGCCUACAGCCUCUCCCAGAGCUCUAAAACAGCACACUUCUUUCCUGGGAAUGGGGAGUUGGUACAACCAAACAUUUCCAGGAACCUUAAAUUCCUUUCAGGGUCCCUGAAACUCAGCCUGCCCCAUAAGCCAACUAUACUUCCAGAAAUCUACCCUAAGAAACCCUCAGGAAAGAAGGCAUGUAGAAGAUGCUUCAUUUGAAUCUCUGAUAAGAGGGGAAACUUGUUAAUAACAGACAUCCUAUAGAAUACUGUGCAGCCAUUUAAAGCUACGUGGAAGGCAUGGGAAGGGCAGAAGGACAACCAGGAGCGUGGCCUAGCAGCAGCAUACUGGUUGAGUAUAUCUUUUUAGUUUUUUUAAUGGUUUUUUUUUUG